GCCUUGUCCACAUUAAUUUAAUCACGAGAGUUACAGCUUUAUAAAAGACGGGCUCAGAGGCGCUCCUGCGAUCGAAGACUAAACGACUGAUUCAAGUUUUGUUUCCUUAAUUACUAGUCUGUCGCCUGAUUGUGAAAACUAAUUUUCGUUUAAAAAAAUUAUGAAACUGGCUGGAGUAUUGUGCGUUAUGACCGUCCUAGUUGUCUCUCUCAGGACGGGAGAUGGCGCCCCACAAUGGCGACCACAAGGCAGAUUCGGGAAAAGACUAGAGCCAGCCAUGCCACUUUUAUUAGACCAGAAUGCUGCCAGCAAUUCUUUUCUGAGUUCAUAUCAAGACAGAGCUGACAAAGUGAACGAAUUCAAAGUCCUGCUUCACAAAUUAUGUUCCCACCCAGGCAACUUCGGACUGUACCCAUGUUCGUUCAGAAGACGGGCCGGAGGAGCAGAUAACUCUUUGCAGUCCAUGGACCUCAAGAGAUGAACAGUGUCUGUCGCACGUGCGCAGUCCAGUUACAAAUGAACAAUUCUGCCGUGGAAUUUGAACUACGUGUAACUUUUCACAAUAAAUGUUAUCCAAAUUACAGCAACUUUUAAAAAUGAUUCGCCUGCAUAACACCUGCUGUUGUGAUUGCCUGAACAAUUAACAAACUGUUUUAUUUGUGGACCAGAUAUUUAGUCUUCACUAACUUUUCUAUACUUUCAGGAAACAAAAAAUUAACAUUUUAAAUAUCAACUAUUAAAAUAACUAUUUUACAUGUGAAACAGAUAUACAAAUUUACAUUUACUUUUCUAUACUUUCAGAAAACAAAAAAUGAACAUUUUAAUAUCAGCUAUUAAAAUAAACUGUUUUACACGUGAACCAAGUCUACAAACAUGCAUUAAUUGUGCUAUAUUUUCAAAUAAAAACUAACAUAAAAAACUUAAAAUUACUAUUAUUGUUUUUUAAACUUUAAAGUUGGCCGUGCAGUGUCCAUGUGUCAUUGUUGUAACAGAAAAUGUCCAUCUGUUUUCUUGUUUCUUUGCGGCUGCUGAACGGUAACACAAUAAACUUUCUGAAACGA